AGAAAUUAGAAAUGGCUGCGAUAGGUAAUGGACGGGGAACGAUGGAUUCCCAAAAUCAAGUGCAAAGUGAUACAGUAGAUCGUUUAAAGUUGCUUUAUCCAAAUGUGAAUGAAGAUGAGACACCCUUGCCUAGAUCUUGGAGCACAAAAGACAAAUUCAGCUACAUCGGGCUGUCGCAAAAUAAUCUCCGAGUGCACUAUAAAGGUCAUGGCAAAACCCACAAGGACGCGGCGAGCGUGCGCGCGACCCACCCGAUCCCGGCGGCUUGCGGCCUCUACUACUUCGAAGUGCGCAUCGUCUCCAAGGGCAGGGACGGCUACAUGGGCAUCGGGCUGUCUGCGCACGGGGUGAACAUGAACCGCCUGCCCGGUGAGUGAAACCACAAAACACGUUUUAUUGGGAUAACUGCACUGCUGUGUUCCAGUGUGAAGGGCAUGGAGAGCCAGUACAGUUACGUGACGUGAGGCAUUCCAUCUUUGUCCUCAGAGUUCACAAGGCAUCAGUAGCCUUCUUUGUUUGAAGUUGUUCGUUGUUUGUACGUGGUAGAGCCAUGCUGCAGCUAUAUUAUGGUUGUAGCACGAAUGGGUGGGCUCGACCGGGGAAGGACCACGCUCUCACAGAACACCAGCGUAAAAUGGCAGCUCAAUGCUGCUGUGUUUCGUAUGGUGAGUGUAGAGAACUGGAGACCCUUUUUACUGGAAACGAAAACAGGGCAUUCAAUCUCAGUCCUCAGGGAUGGCGGCGCAUUUGCAUUUUGAUUCUUAAUUGAGGAUAACUGUAGAUGUCUAUGGGCCACAGCAUCCACUUACCAUAAGGUGGACUGUGUGCUCGUUUGAUACCCUUAAUCUAUACUAUAAAAAAAGAAACGAUUAAGAUUUUUUUAAUGAAGAAAGAAAAGAGAAAGAUAUCAAAAAUAUUGCGACUUUUUUAAUUUAUAAUUUUAUAGGACUUUGUCGUUGUCUUUGUUGUCUUUUGUCUUUGUCGUUCCGACUACAAUUACAUAAUCACUAAUUCACUUCACUUUAGAUCCAGUAAAAUAGUCCACACAAACGCACACACACGCUCGCACGCACACGCACACGCACACGAACACGCACACGCAUGCAUACUCAAGUCAUAAACAAAGGGAAAAGAACGGUAAAUAUUGCCUUUUAGUCUGUAAUUAUGCUUUGUAAUAUAAUAUAUAGACACAUAUUUAAUAAGUAUAUAAUAUUAUGUAUAGAUAUAGGUAUGGAAGAGCGGAGUCACCUGCUACAGGCAUUAUUUGCUUAAAAGGAUACUCCGGCCACUAUGAUUGUAAACCAAAUCUUUUUACUGAAAUAAAUUUUAUUAUUAUUAUUACUUAUUCCCUACGCAGAAUCAAGUCUGCUAGCUUAACCAGCAUUUUAACCUCUUUGGAUUCACUCGCUCACAAGACUCAUUUUGCUGGAAAAGAGGCAUUCUAUCUUAGUCCUCACGGGUGACAACGCAUCUGCAUUUUAAUUCGCAAACGAAGAUAGAUGUAGAUGUCUAAGGGCCACAGUAACCACUUACCAUCAGGUGGACUGUGUGCUCACCCUUGUCACCCUUGCUCUAUAUAAAAAAUCUGUUAAGAGAUUUUACAUAAUAAGGUCUCCUCGAUCGCGGUAGGACCACGCUCUCACAUAAUACCAGCGUGAUAUAGCAGCUUAAUGUUGCCGUGUUUCGCAUGGUGAGUGUAGAGAACCGGAGAUCCUUUUUACUGGGAACGAGACAUUCCAUCUUAGUCCUCAAGGGUGACAUCGCAUCUGUAUUUUGAUUCUUUAAUAUUCGUAACAAGAUAAUAAUUACAGGUUGGGAUAAGCACUCGUACGGCUACCACGGCGACGACGGUCACUCGUUUUGCUCGUCUGGCACGGGACAGCCUUACGGACCCACCUUCACCACCGGCGACGUGAUCGGUUGCGGCGUCAAUCUCGUAGACAACACAUGCUUCUACACGAAGAACGGUCACCACCUCGGCAUCGCGUUCAGAGGAUUACCGGUGAGUGUGGUCAUUGUAUAGAAUCACGCACAUCAGUCACUUUUUAAAAUUUAAUUAAAAACUGUUCUCUUAAAUAUGCUACACUAUUCGUGAACAUUAAAACUACCUUCUCCAUAAAAAAAAAAGUAUAGUUUAAGAAGUAUUAUAAAAUUGAGAUAAAAUUACCUUAUUUCUAAAAUGUUUAAUAUUGCAGUUUUAACUUGGUGCUUUAAGUAAAAUAAUAUAUAAGAGCAAACUGUGCAGUGCCAAGACAAACAAAAUUAUGUUUAUUGGCACGAAGAAAUUAUAUUGUAAUUAAAACGGCACUUAGAUGAAAUAAAUUAACAAAAUAUAUACAGGCAGUCGGGGCAUAGCAUACAAUAAAUGAAAACUUGGUGUUUAUUAUUUCGAUAGAAUAAAUUCCAAAAAUACAAUUUUUUUUAUAAUAAUCUAUAAAAAUAAAAACGUUUUUAUUUAAUGUAGAUUAAUAUUUUUUUAUGUUUAAUUUACUGGUUUGGAAAAUACCUCUGCCCUGCAAAGAGCCAGCAAGAAAUCUAGGAGGACAUUUUUUUGAAUAAAGAACAGCAUACAAACAUUUAUUGUUAUUCUUGCAACGUAUAGUAUAUUCGGCCAUACGCUAAAUACCGAAUAUUGUCCAGACUUCCUGGCCGAAUAGCCGAAUAUUAGCAAAGAUAUUCGGCUGGGAAGGCAGUAGUGUUGAUUAUUCAGAGCGUCUAUUCUCUGAAGCUGGGAUUGUCUACGUGAAGAAAAGGAGUAAACUAUUGCCUUAAAACACAGCAAAAUCAGUCAAUCUGCAUCAUUAUCUUCCACUUUAAUUACGAACAUUCGACUACAUCGACAUUUAUGUGAUAGUUUUUUUUUUUAAUUUUUAUAAUAUGAAAGUUGAUUAUGUACCUACAUAGGCUGCACUAAAAGUAUCGGGAAUGGAAUAUUUCCACUGUUCCUGUCAUAUUAAAAUCUUUUUAAUUGAAAAGUCCUUGGUUUUAAAAAUCGAAUACCAUUUAUUUAUUUAAAAAAAGAUUCUCGGUCUUGUCGUAAGGUUUUGUCAAACUUGUUUAGUCGUUGAGAAAAUGGAAUUGACUCGAGAAAAUUCAAGAGCGAUGAUUUAUUAUGACUUUCGAAGUGGUUUAACACAAAAACAGUGUGUUGACCGGAUGAUUUCUGCUUUUGGUGAUGAAGCCCCAUCCAAAACCACAAUUUAUCGCUGGUUUGCUGAAUUUCAACGUGGACGUGUCAAGCUCAGUGAUGAUCCCCGUCAAGGUCGUCCAAAAUCUGCAGUCACUCAAGAAAACGUUGAUGCUGUGCGUAAGCUGAUUGAGGAAGAUCGACAUGUGACAUACCGCGAAAUUCAGGCAACUUUAGACAUUGGGAUGAGUCAAAUACAAAUAAUCUUGCAUGAAUAAUUAGGUGUAAAAAAGUUGUUUUCCCGAUGGAUACCGCAUUCGCUCUGUGAAGAGCAAAAAGCGGCUCGCGUUACUUGGUGCGUCAGAACUCUCGAAAGAUUCCACGCAGGAUCCUCAAAUGCUGUAUACAACAUUGUAUCAGGUAACGAAUCCUGGAUAUACGCGUACGAACCCGAAACAAAAAACCAGUCACGAGUUUGGGUGUUCGAAAAUGAGUUAAAGCCAACAAAAAUUGUUCGUUCACGGAGUGUUGCAAAAAAAAUGGUGGCCACGUUUGUCUCCAAAAUCGGCCAUGUUAUGACUAUUCCUCUUGAGGGACAAAGAACGGUUAAUGCAGAAUGGUAUGCUAGCAUUUGUUUGCCACAGGUCGUUUCUGAACUCCGUAAAGAGAACUGCAACCGCCGCAUCAUCCUCCAUCACGACAAUGCGAGUUCUCACACCGCACACAGAACAAAAGAGUUUUUAGAGCAAGAAAACAGAGAAUUAUUAGACCAUCCGCCGUACAGCCCCGACCUAAGCCCUAAUGAUUUCUAUACUUUCCCUAAAAUAAAGAAUAAAUUGCGUGAACAGAGAUUUUCAUCACCUGAAGAAGCUGUGGACGCCUACAAAACGGCCAUUUUGGAGACCCCAACGUCCGAAUGGAAUGGUUGCUUCAAUGAUUGGUUCCAUCGUAUGGAAAAAUGUGUCAAAUUUCGCGGAGAAUACUUCGAAAAGCAAUAAAUACAUUUUAAAUAGUAAUGUUGGGUCACUUCCUUGAUUCCCGAAAUUUUCAGUGCCGCCCUCGUAUGACUAAUUUAAUGAUUACAAGAAAAAAUAUUUAAAAAUAAAUAAAUAUUUUCAUUUUACCAAUUAUUUGACUACAAUAAAACCUCUUACUUGUAUUCGAUAUUCGGCCGAAUAAGAUAAAAUUAGCCGAAUAGACCGAAUAUCGAUAAUAGCCAAAGAUGUAUUCGUUGCAAGUAUAUUUAUAAAUAGUAUGGUAUCGCAUGCCCAGGGUUUAUUUAUCAUCAAUAAAUUUUUUAAUAUUGUAAUAACCAUUUUCUUACAAUCUUUGUUUAAUAAAGUUUUCGAACUUGACAGAAGUCAUAUUUUAAAUAUUUUUUGGAACUUUGUUCUAAAAGCGUAUACUCGUACAGCGCCCCAAGAAUGAAUUACUGACUCGAGUCGAGUAACUGGUAAUACUAACUUGUGUCUGUACCUAGCAUACACAGUGAAUAUAACUUAUGCCUUAGGGACUUUCGCUUGUAAUUGUAUAACGUUAACGGUGGAAUGUGUCGUGACCCGGCAGCCGAACCUGUACCCGACGGUGGGACUGCAGACGCCUGGCGAGGUGGUGGACGCGAACUUUGGACAGGCGCCGUUCGUGUUCGACGUGGAGGAUAUGCUGCGGGAGCUGCGAGCUCGCACGAGACUCACAAUCGACCAGUUCCCGCUGCCAGAUGCACAGGGACAGUGGCAGCAAGUGCUGCACAGGUGAGCGCACCACAAGCUUGAUACAGCCACGCUGCAGCUGUAUUAAAGUAAGACUGCCCAUUGGAUUGACUGGGAAAAGACCACGCUGUCACAGAAUAUCAGCGUAAAAUAGCAGCUUAAUGCUGCUGUGUUUAGUAUGGUGAGUGUAGAGAACCGGAGACCCUUUUUACUGGAAACGAGGUAUUCCAUCUUAGUCCUCACGGCUGACAACGCAUCUGCAUUUGGAUUCGUAAUCGAAGAUAGAUGUAGAUGUCUAUGGGCCACAGCAACCACUUACCAUCAGGUGGACUGUGUGCUCGUUUGUCACCCUUAUCCCAU